CGACUUUGGCGGAAUCGCAGCGGAUAAUCGCGAUUUGCUUUAUUAAUCUUUACCUUUCAACUCACAUUUUUGACUAAACGCUGAAAACUGUCGUCAUUGAAUUUUCCUGAAUAAGCCUAUGGCUUUACUUGGAUUCUCUGCGUUGCUGUCACUUUUAGCUGUAGGCUGUUUCGGACUUCCGGAAAUCAGCCGGUGGCAAGAACAUGUCGUAAAAAACACCACUCUUUCCAUGGAAAAGUCCAUGUUUGAGCUUUCGGAGAUUUUCUUAAAGAUCUACUGUCGGGAAAAAUUUGAUCUCCGAAUUUCUUGGAUGCUGUUACAGUCGUCGUGCAUUGAGUUGUUUCUUGAUUUUAACAUCACCGAUGUGGCCAAGAAUAUGGAUUCCUUCGUUUCAAAUUCAGUGAAGGUUACUGUGGAGAAGGGAUCCUCCAAAUUUUCGUGUAACCCUUCCCAUCCCACAUAUGUUGAAGGUCCAUCGAACCCCGAAAAAUAUCGCAUGAAGGCCACCGGUCCAUUGGCUACUGUGUCAAACGCCGGGGCUCAUCUACUUGUUUUGAAAGUUGAAUGCCCUUCAGCCGACACUUUUCUGGACGCGACAGUCGAAGUUGAGAUGCGUAACCCCGAUGGAACGUAUUUAUCGGCUGUUGAAUUCCCAUUUCUACCGUUCAACGGAGUCAUGGGUCUACUCUAUUUGAUCUCCGUAACCAUCUGGUUGACUCUCCUCAUCCGUUAUUGGCACGAUGUGAUGCGCAUCCAAUUUUGCAUCGGAGUGGUUCUCAUGCUCGGUUUGUGGGAACACCUCACCCUGUUUGCUAUCUUCGAGACUAUCCGAAAGUCGGGCCAGGUUUCACCGUCCGCAGUCUACUUUGCCGAGAUGAUUGCCUGCUCCAAACGCACCUUGGCUCGGUUAUUGGUGCUCAUUGCUUGUCUUGGCUACGGUGUUACCAAGCCUCGGCUCGGUGCUAUCUGGUUCCGUCGUUGUCUGUUAAUCGGUCUCGUGUACUUUUUCUUGGUCACUAUUGAAGGCCUCACUCGAGCCGCUCAUCCACGCUUCGUGACCACGUAUUUCCGUCUGGCUACUUUACUCCCUCUCCUGUGCUUAGAUGUGGGUAUAAUGUGGUGGAUAUUCAUCUACUUGGCUCGCACACUUCGCGAGACACGAAUGCGGCACAAUCUGAUCAAACACAAACUGUAUCGUAACUUCAGCUACGUGCUCCUCGGCGUUUCCAUUGCUUCGUUGGUGUUUAUGAUAUGGUCCCUCGGCGUAUUCAAACACCGCGCUUGCAUUGAGUCCUGGCGGUAUUUGUGGAUCGACGAUGCCUUUUGGCAAUUUCUUUUCGUCCUCAUUUUGGCUGUGAUUAUCGUCCUAUGGAGACCCACUGCUUCCAAUCGUGAAUACGCCUACUCUUUGCUCGAUGUGGGAACAGUCGACGAUGGAUUUGACGAUGCGGAUGAGGAAGUACUUCUCGAUCGAGUUGGCCAUGAGAAUGAUGAUUCGGAAAAGGUUCGCUCACGACUGCUUGACGACAUUGGAGGAAAUCGAAAGCCUACUCCGGAUGCAGAAACUCAAAUGCCUUCGCAUCAUCAGACACGGACUGCUGUUCCAGCCACGAUAGUCGAACGCAUCGGAAUGGAGGUCAGCUCCAGCCCCGGUGAACAGGCCCCGGUUUGGAAGGUGGACUAGUCCGCAUAACCAACGUCCAUCAGUGCAUCCUCCGUGGCACGGCACACUGUAACAAUUACGCGGUCGCGUGCACGACCAGAGCAAGUGUGAACGUGUAAACGGAUGUGUUUCCUCCAAUUAUCAUUUCACUUUUGUCUCUGUGAUAUGCGUUUCCUAUCGUAUUCGCUUCUCUCCUUCCCUGAAGGCUUGCACUCUCUGUCCCUAGAUGCUUUUAUUCCUUCGCUGAUGUGCACUGGUCACACUUGUGCCUGCUGUCGGUUCGCUAAAUUUUCCAUCGGAUUUCGUUACUUCACACGUUGUCAUGUGAACACAGCGUUGACGCGAUAUUUCUCCAUUGUGUUCUCUAACCAUAAACUCCGUGUCCAACUGCCCAUCGCGCUUUGGUUACAUCCGUUUCCUAUUUGGUACCCAACGGUUGUCCAGACUACAACGCACUGUGUGCAUUUCUUAUGCUGGGAGCUCUUGCGUUGUGUGCUCGUGUUACAGGAGCGUCAAGUAACGCCGCAAAAUCUAAACGCCUCCGCUCGCGGCGCAGGACACAUUUCAUUCCCCCAACGAAGUAGAUUCAGAGUGAGCACAGCGGGUAUAGAACCGAAGAUAUGCCUUUUGAAUCUCACAGCUCGGCGU